AUGAAGUGCAACCGGGUUGAACCGACAAUCAGGCAGCAGUGGCACGCAACCGGAUUGCGAGACGCCCUUCGGAUUGGCCCUAGAAAGAGUGAGAUUGAGAACAAGUUUUCCUUGGGGCCUCUGUCCCGGAUCCUCGAGAGCAACUGCCCGUUUUGCCUGCUCCCCGUUGAGCUCGACGUGUCAAGGGUGAGUGGAUGGAUCGACCACUGUACAUCUCAUCACACCUGUGUCAUUUUUCCUCGGACGACCACGUUUAGCGAGGCCUUCCCCGGAUCGCGCGUGCUACGGUUCAUCGACACCGUAGAAGGUUGCAUCGUCGAAAGGACCGAACUCGUUCAGUACGCGGCGCUCAGUUAUGUUUGGGGCUCCUGUCCGACUUUCCAACUUACCAAGGCAAACCUGGACAAGCUUACGGUGCCCGGGGCUCUUCUCAACCCGAGGUUUUCUGAUUUGUUACCCAAGACGCUCCUGGAUGCGCUUCUUUUGACCAAGAGACUCAACAUCCGCGUUCUCUGGAUCGACGCGCUGUGCUUGCUGCAAAACAGCCCUGACGAUCUUGAAAGAGGCGUCAACGUCAUGGAUCAGAUUUACGAGCUAGCAUGGCUAACCAUUGUGGCGGCAAACGGCCAUGAUGCCGAUGCUGGCCUCCCAGGCAUUCAGCCGGGGGACCGACCGAGACAAGUUCUGGUCAGACAGGUAGAGAAAGGGCUCUCCAUCGGUGUUUACGCGAGCACAGACCUUCAGUUGAAGAGGAGUGUAUAUGAAGCCCGGGCAUGGACGUUCGUGGCCCUUGCCUUCCUGUUUACCCACCCUGUCCCUACUUACCUUUCAUGUCACCAUCAAGCCAUCCAAAGCGUCCUAGGUUUCAAGAGCACGUUCUCUCCUGGCGAAUCCUGUAUUUUUUUCAACUCCGCUGUCGUUUUCCGCUGCCGCUCAGCCGAGUGUCUCGAAGUCUGCGCCGACAACCCGACUAUCGGACGCCAGGAAUCCAGCAUGACUUCCAUGCUCGCCGAUGCUGUCAUCGACACAGAAAAUCCCGAUUACCAAUACCAGGUGUUCGUCGACUACUACACUCGACGCGCCCUGACCAACGACGCCGAUGCCCUCCGCGCUAUGGCGGGCGUUCUGCGCCGCCUGUCCCAGAAAUUCCGGUGCCGCAUGCUACACGGCCUGCCCACCGGCCUGUUUGACAGGUUCAUUCUACUACGCGGCCCAGCCGCUGGCCGUCGGCGUGGGUUUCCGAGUUACUCUUGGGCUGGGUGGCGUAGGCCUCUUGACUUCUUCAAGUUGGAGUUCUUGCGGGACAUACACGACUGGCUGCGGGACCGGACGUGGAUUGUAUGGUAUAAAAGGAGCUCUACCGGGGUGGUGAGCCUUGUUUGGGAUCCCGCGGAGAAUCUGGGAUUGUUCCCGGUGACUGGUGGUACGGCUACAGCGGGUUACGGUCGCCGGCGAAGCCCGUUUGAAUGUCCUGUCCCGGGUCUACGGACAUCGCGGACUAUGCCCACUCUAGAUAUGGACCUCUGCCAUGUCGACACUAGCGAAACAAGCAAUCCAAACGGCGAGCCGCCACGACUGUAUCCAUACCAUCUGUUACAGUUCUGGACCAUGGCCAUCUUCCUCAAGCUAGAGAACGUCGAUGUCCUUUAUCCACAAGGAUACUUUAUCGGAAAGGAUGGGCUUCGAUACGGAGGGGCACUAUUUGACGGGUUUAAUGAAACAACCUUUUUCGAGUCUGAGGGGCCAUUCGAGGUCAUUCUUCUCUCGGAGUCGCAAAACGACGUGGAUAGUUUUAUGGGCCUGCGCAGAGGGACCUAGACCUGGGAUUCCUACAACGUCAUGGUUAUUGAGUGGCACUGGGGAGUUGCUGAGCGGCGAGGGUUGGGGAAAGUGCCAAAAUCGGCGGUGCACCAGAGCUUCAGCCCUGGACCCGUUUGGAAGGAGAUUGUUUU